AUGUCCAUCCCCCAUUUCUCCAACUGGGUCAACGGUGAGCAUGCCACUGCAACUCCCGUCCGAAUUCCCGUCAUCAACCCGGCCACCGAGACCCCCAUCGCCAGCAUCGACGCCACAGCCCGCGAAGCCGUCGACGCUAUUGUCACCUCCUGCCUCGAGACCUUCCACUCCGGUCCAUGGUCCCAAUCCGAUGGCUCUGAGCGAUUCACCGUUCUCUCCACGGCUGCGCGGCUUCUACGCGCCAGCGUCCCGGAAUUCGUCGAACUUGAAACCCGCCAGACGGGACGUCCGAUCCGCGAAAUGCGCGCACAGCUGGCUCGUAUUCCGGAGUGGCUGGAGUACUUUGCCUCGUUGGCACGCGUGCAUGAGGGACGAGUAACACCAUUCAAGGGACCCGUGGUGAACACGCUGACUCGACUUCCACUGGGGGUUGUUGCGCAGAUCACGCCGUAUAACCACCCGUUGCUGAUUGCGACGAAAAAGAUCGGUGCUGCGCUGGCAGCAGGGAAUGUGGUGAUUGUCAAGGCAUCGGAGCGGGCACCACUGUCGGUGCUGCGACUAGGGGCUUUGUUCAAGGAAGCUGGACUGCCCGACGGCGUACUUCAGAUCAUCAAUGGGUAUGGUUACGAGACGGGGAAGUUCCUGUGUGAGAAUCCAAGACUAGCCAGGAUUGAUAUCACGGGUGGGUUGGGCACGUACAGGGCCAUUGCUGCGGUGGCAGCGCAGAACAUGGUCCCCAUUACGGCGGAACUGGGUGGCAAAGCCCCUGUGUGUUUACUCCCCAGCCUGGACGUUCAUCAAGCGGUGAAGGCGGCACUCUUUGCGAGUUUCAUUGCAAGUGGACAGACAUGCGUGACGGGGAGUCGACUGCUGGUGCAUGCGGACAUCUACGAGGAAUUCACAGCGCUGUUGGAGAGUCGGGUUCGGGCUCUGCGGGUUGGGGAUCCGUUUGACGUGCGCUCGCAGAUUGGUGCCGUCAUCUCGCGAGAGGCAGUGGAGAGAUGUGCUGGGUUUGUGCAGAGGGCGGUGCAGCAAGGAGGGAGGGUGGUUUGUGGUGGACAUGCUACAAAUAUCGAUGGGAGGGGGUUCUUCUUCGAGCCAACGAUUAUUGAAACGCGGCCUGAUUCAGACCUAGCGUGUAACGAGGUCUUUGGACCAGUAAUUGCGCUGCUGAAAUGCGAGUCUGAGGAGCAAGUGAUUCGCGUGGCGAACGGGACAUCGUUUGCUCUCGGUGCCUCAGUCUGGUCGAAUGAUUUCGCCCAGGCUCAUCGCGUGGCUGCGAAGAUCGAGGCGGGCAUCGUCUGGAUCAACGGUCAUCAUCUGAAUGAUCCGUCGUCACCGUGGGGAGGGUUCAAGGACAGCGGUAUGGGGAAGGAGAAUGGACAGGAGGCCUACGAGAGUUAUACCAAGGUCAAGAGCACGGUCAUGAAUUAUGGAGUGCCACCAGUCUGGUUCGAUGAUGAGCCUGCAGAGGCGCGAUAUGGCUAG